GUUGCCGUAGCAAUGUUUACAAGAUGGCGGCCGUAACAGGAAUAAAAUAUGAUGACGGUUUACCAGCCAUUUCAGCCAACUGCUUCCCUGUCAGAACUUUAAUAAGGCAUAAUGUUGAAGAGGAAGCUGAUGGUGCAUGGCUGGUUGCUCAAAGGGCAGAGCAGAGGAGGCGAUUUAAGGCCAUCCUGUGCACUAAGCCGAAGACAUAUGCUAGGAUCAAGGAAGAAAGACGAAGGGCAGAAAAGCAGGGCACCUCUUUAACAGAACAGCUGCAUGUGGCAGAUGAACAGGAAGAUGAGGAAGAAAAAGAUGUUCCUACACUUGACGGCUUUUUCCUGAUGCGACAUUGCUGUGUGGAAGACCCUACAGACUUGUGUUCUGUGAACAUUGCUGGGAAGGAAAUGACUGAUGUAAAGGAGGAGGAUCUUGCCUUGUUUGAUAAUGUUGCCUAUGUCAACGCCAGCGAAAACUUCCUACCGUUUGAGGCAUUCAGAGGCUUCCCCAUCCUGAGAGAGCUAGAGAUGCCGCUGAACGGUCUACGUAGCAUCAAGCCUAACUUUGGAGAUUACCCCUUCCUCGAGGUGUUGGACCUUUCAUACAACAACUUGUCUCAAGAUGAUAUUCUAACACUAGGCCUGGUGCCGAACAUUAAGGUGCUUCACCUAACUGGGAAUGGACUACAUUCACUACCACCUAACAUGGCCAUGCCCAAAUAUGACGAUUCCAAUAAACAAGAGAUUCUGAGGUUUUCCAAACUGGAGAUUUUGCUGCUGGAUGACAACAGACUGGAGGAUGUGUCUGUGUUUGCUGCCCUCGCUGGACUUUCAAGCCUCAAGCAUUUAAACCUGGAGAAGAAUGAUAUUUACUAUGUUCCAAUGUUGAAAUCUGUGGAGGGCAAGGUGGUGCCCAAUGAUGAUGAAAAAGAUGCUAAGAAACUAAGACGUUCUGCAGAGAAAGGGGGUCGUCGGUCAGCCAGGGGCAUGAGGUCAAAGGAUGUGACCCCUCGAGUGGCCCCUAAUAAAAUUGUGAAAGAGAACACUACAGAUGUGCCCCAGUCGACACCUGUCCCUACAGAGAUAUCUGAACAGAAGGGCCCAGAGAAAAAUGGGGAUCCAGUACAGCCAGACCCCCUCACUGAAGACCUAACCAUGCUGUCCAAGGAUCUGACUGACCUUGAACUUGAGAAGGAGGUGACCUUCAACACUGUGGAUGAAGAACGGCAGGGGGGACAACUGGGAGACGGAUCUCAGUUGCCUCCCUUUCCUGACCUCAGAGCUCUUAAUCUGGCUUACAACAAGAUUGAAGAUGAAGAGGCAUUGCUAUCUGUGGCAGCGUGGCCCAUGCUGGUAGAACUGAUUAUACAUGACAACCCGCUGACUACAGAGAACAGCGGUGACCCGCCCCUACUGCAGAGGUUCUUGGGUGACAGGCUGGGCAUACGGAUAAAGAGGAAAAAGGAAGCAGAGAUUGUAAAACCACCUGUUGAAGUGAAGAUGAGGAGGUCGAGACAUGUGAACUCAGUUGUACCAAAGAUCCCCAAAAUCCCAGUUGACCAGCUGCUAAUGCUGGAAGCCCCGAAACCCCCAACCGAGCCAAAGCCAGAGAAGUCUCGCACCUCAGCGACCAUUGAUCAUCAGAAACCGCUACCACCCAUCCCAGGCACUCCCACUGAAGGUCAGAGGUCAAGGUCACGUGUUAAGAAUGAAGGUCAAAGGUCAGAAGCACAGACUGAAAUGAGAGAAGGUGAUAAAGUGCAGACAGAGGAGAAGGGACAAGGGAAACAAGAUGGAGAUGCAUUCUUCAUGACACAGGUUGAUGACCAGGAAGCUGAAAAGGCUGACAAGACAGAGGCCCUACAACCUACACGGCGCAGAAAAAAGAAAGUUGAAGACAGUAACCAGUCCAACAAGUACAAGGGUUAUGAGAUAUUGCUGGAUUGUGACGAGGACGGCUCCUAUAUACCACCUAAAGAUAUGCAUGGUAAUAUCAAAGCCCUGAAGUACGCCCUUGGCCAUGAGCUUGUGUACCGGGACCCUGCCGCCUGCCUGGACAGGAUCAGUAAGCCCGUGGAGCCAUACAGGAAGCCAUCAAUUUAUCACCCAAAGAAGCCAAAAGCAGAGAUGAAGAGCUCCCCGCGGGUAACCCAGGGUGACCGAAAGGCCCAGAUGUUGCGGGAGAUGUGUGAGCGUGUGACUACAGAGGAGGCCCCGUUAGAUGAAGUGCUGGAAGGAGAAAAUCGGGGCCUACACAAGAAAUUCCCAGAGGCAGAUAGGCUUCUGUCAGAGAUCCAGCGUCGGUACAACACGGUGCGUGUAAACUCAAUGAAAGAGGCCAGAGAGGCGAAGAAAAUGCUGAAUUCAACCAUGGACAAAGUUUCACGGACUAAAAGCGGAAAACAUGUUAAACUGGAAGUUUGAUUUGUUUGAGAAUAUGUUUGUAAUUGACACUUAUAACCACACAGAUGGCAUUUGAUUUUUAUUUAAAAAGUUGAGAAAAAAAAACAAUAACAAAAAACACUGGUUCAUUUAUUUUACAUGUACUGUAUUGUCAUGUUUAAUCAUGAUACAAAGUAUUAUACGUGUUGAUGUUUUGAAGACAUUUUGAAAUAGUAUAUUAUAAUGUAGUGUGAAUGCCUUAAUGCACUUAAAGACAUUGAAAAAAACAGUAUUUUAUUUCCAUCUGCCAUUUUCCCAGUGAUUUAUUUUGCUGUUAGUCCUGUACAGUACUCAUUGUUUUCCUGGGGACCCAAUAUUCUUAAACAUGUGAAUAAGCAGGAAUAAUAUGUUCGCAGAUCUAAGUUUGAGGCUCCAGCAUGUAUUUAUGAAAAAUGCGAGUCCAAAAAAAGCAUUUAAGAAGAUUUGAAAACUGAUCACUGUUUACCCCAUGAUGUUUUACCUAAAAUUACUGUGAUAUUUUCUCCCAUGUGUGUGCCUUGUUGGUCACCCAAUCAUUUAGUGACAAAGCUAUAUUGAAGCAUGUGGUGUCCGUCUGUGUUGGCCUGUACAAUUUGUGUCUCUCCUUCAUUGUCUCUUGGACCGUAGCCAUGUGCUUGAAGCAUGUGGUGUCCGUCUGUGUUGGCCUGUACAAUUUGUGUCUCUCCUUCAUUGUCUCUUGGACCGUAGCCAUGCGCUUGAAGCAUGUGGUGUCCGUCUGUGUUGGCCUGUACAGUUUGUGUCUCUCCUUCAUUGUCUCUUGGACCGUAGUCAUGCGCUUGAAGCAUGUGGUGUCCGUCUGUGUUGGCCUGUACAAUUUGUGUCUCUCCUUCAUUGUCUCUUGGACCGUAGCCAUGCGCUUGAAGCAUGUGGUGUCCGUCUGUGUUGGCCUGUACAAUUUGUGUCUCUCCUUCAUUGUCUCUUGGACCGUAGCCAUGCGCUUGAAGCAUGUGGUGUCCGUCUGUGUUGGCCUGUACAAUUUGUGUCUCUCCUUCAUUGUCUCUUGGACCGUAGCCAUGUGCUUCAAGAAACGAUUUCUGCUUUAAAUCUUUACCACUGGGCUUGUCCCUGUAACCUCCAUUGUAUUACAUUAUUGUUAUAUGCAAUUUUACUGCAACUGCUGACAACAGCAGUUAUGCAUUGCAUUUUAAGAUUUCUUUCAUGACUUUACAUUAUCAAAGCCUAGACGGUGUUCUUUGCACUGUUGUUAGGCUUCCAUGGUAACCAAAUGGUUUAAAUGAUUAAAGAUAUUGUAUUAAGCAUUGUAUGAAAUAAUUUAAUUUAGUUUUAUACCAUAUUUUAUAUUAUUUAUUUAUUUUGUGACUGGUUAUACAAGUGUGUUUGUCAUAUGCAUGUUUUCUGUUAUUAAACAAUAUUUACUUGA